AUGUUUGAUUCGGCGCAAAAAUGGUGCACGAACGUUUUCCAUCCGUUCGCCAAGGAGUUUCAAUUGAAAAAGUUCAGCUUGAAACAUCAACCAAUCGAUGAUUUUGCCAAAUCACAAUGGCAGAAGGGUAGCCGCUCGUUGUGUUGGCUAAUCUAUCGCUGGCUCUUAGCAGCCUUUUUCAUUGCCGUCGUAUGCGACACAAUGAUCAAUCUUUUUUAUGCCGGCAAAUGGUUUAUAUACCUGACCGCAUGGGGUUUCUUUCUCUGUAUGCUCACAAGUCUGUAUGGCGCUAUUAUAGUUAGCAUAUAUUAUUGGCGACCACAUGAUUUCGCUGCCCACCCGAUUGUCUUCAAAAUGUAUUGGGUUUCUUAUUGGACCACUUUGGUAUUGGCGACCGUCAUUACACUUGUCUACUGGAGCCUUCUUUAUCCAUAUGACAAGAGCGGAGUUUCGUUGACCUACAAUUUACUUGGACAUGCCAGCAAUUCCAUUCUGAUGGUGUUAGAUCAUAUGUUGGUUGCAUUUCCCACACGCAUUUUCCACUUCGUGUAUCCCAUUGGAAUGGGCGUGAUUUAUGUCAUAUUUUCCCUUAUCUAUUAUUUUGCCGGAGGCGUAGACACACACGGGGACCAUUAUAUAUAUACGAUUUUAGAUUGGGCCCAACCAGAGACAGCGGUAAUAACUAUUAUUAUUUGCUUUGCAUUACUUGCAAUUAUGUCUUUUCUACUCUUUGGGCUGUACAAACUGCGUUGCUUCAUUUACCGAAAGAUCAAUAAGUCCGUUUUAGUGCUUCAAGUUUGA